AUGCAUAAGGUACAUUUGGAGGAAGACGCCAAACCAUCAAGGGAGCCACAGAGGAGGCUCAACCCAGCUAUGCAGGAAGUUGUGAGAGGAAAAGGGAUAAAGUUGUUGGAUACAGGUAUCAUCUAUCCGAUUUCUGAUAGCAAGUGGGUGAGCCUAAUUCAUGUUGUGCCUAAGGAAGCUGGAGUGAUGGUAGUGCAAAACAAGGAUGGCGAGUUGGUGCCAACUCAGAUUCAGUCAGGAUGGAGAGUUUACAUAGACUACCUCAAGUUGAACACCGUCACUAAGAAGGAUCAUUUUCCACUCCCAUCUAUUGAUCAAAUGGUGGAGUGUUUGCACCACUUCACUUUGGUUUUGGUGCAAUGCAAGGAGAAGAACCAGGUACUCAAUUUGGAGAAAUGCCAUUUUCUGGUGAAGCAAGGAUUCUACCGCCGAUUCAUCUAG